AUGUCACUACAAAAAAAUUACAGAAACAUUUGGAUUUAUUUAUUACAUCUUUUGAUAUACUCACUAGAUAUACAAUAUAUCAUAUUAAGCAAAUCGUCGCUACUACAACAUAAUUUUAUGCUUUUUAUUAUGAUUAUUAAUUUAUUGGCUUUAAUUAAGUUAUGUUUUGUAAAUCCAGGUUACGUGUUCAAAAAAUUUAAAAAUUUAAAUCAAGAAAGUGUUGUAAAAUUUACCAAAAAUACAGAAAGAAAAAUUUAUUUUAACGAUAAUCGGUGGCUUUUAUUGAUAAAAAUACAGGACCAAGAAAAAAUUUAUAAAUACUGUGAAGAAUGUAAUAUUUUUAAAGUAGAAAAAAUAAGUCACUGCAGAGAAUGUAAUUGUUGUGUUCAUGAAAUGGACCAUCACUGUUUCUGGUUAAGAAGGUGCGUUGCAAGAAAUACUAUUAAGUAUUUUUAUUUCUAUAUAUUCUCUAUAACAUUUUUUUUACACUAUUUAAUGCUUACUUUUAAAACUGUUAUAGUUCUUAUUGAUACAUCAAAAAGUAUUAUAUUUAAAUUAAUAUUUUGUUUAUCGGGAAUAUGUUUUAUUUUCACUUUGUUUAUUUAUAUGCUUUUAUGUAUUUAUUCUAUAUAUUACAUUUAUUUAGCAUUAACGAAUAUUUCAUCAAGAGAAUUUAUAAAAAAUAUAAUAAGAUAUAGAAAAAUAGAUAUUAAACAAUGUAUAUUAAGAAUAUUCCAAAACCAGAAACAAAUUAUAUGUGAACCAGUACAAAUUUAG